CACCAAUGCGGCGUCGCCCGUUUUCAUCAUUCUCCAUCCAUCUCCUCCUCCCAGUUCCCACCGCUUGCUGCGCAAGUCCUUCUCCAGUAGCUCGUGCUACGAUAUGCCUCCAACUUGUUAAUUGAAACUUCGUUUAUCACCCUGCCCCUCGCCCCGCGAGUCCACCAUGGUCAUCAGAAAGUGCAACAUCUGUGACCGUCGCUUCAAGAAGACGGAGCAUUUCAAACGCCAUGAGCGAUCGCAUACCAAGGAAAAGCCCUACGAGUGCAAUGUCUGCCACAAGCGAUUUUCCCGAAGCGAUGUCCUGAGCCGCCACGCAAAAGGCCACAAUACAAACGGUACAUCGGCGAAUGCGGCAAGCUCGACGCAAAAUAAACCCCGCGCUCCCUCCAUCGCUCAACCCUCCAAUUCCCAGCCAGCGCCGACUCCCAUCGACCCCUCCCGCUUCCUCCCCAUGGACGCGGGCGAUGCUCAUAACCACGGCCUCCCCGUCGCCCCAAAUCUCCCUUCUUCUUCGUUAGAUUUUCUCGCAGACAUCUCCGCCCACCAUGCGCGAACGGAACCGGACGUCAAUGUCAAUUCGAUGAUCGUCGAGGAGCAGCAGGCCUACUUCGGCUGGAACGAAGUGGCCGCUCCCCCGCCGCCGCAGAUGGCCCCUACCGCAGCGGACCAGCAAGCGUACCGGACGCCAAUGUUCGAUCCCGUGCCGAAUGAUAUGCUGCAGUUUUGGUUGGAGCCGCGCGGAGAUACCGCGUCGCAUCACGGCUCGCUUGAUAUGAUGGGGGACGCUAACUUUAGUCUCAUGGGCGAGAAUGUUGCGAUUACGCCGGAGCAGCAUGCGCAAAUACAGCCGGACGAGCUGAGUGGCAAAUCCACUGGUGAUAUCCCGAAUGAACGGUUUGCAAGAGUUCAGCGGUACUGGCUUGCUCCGUCCAACACCACAGGACGGCUCAUGAACAGUUUAUGGCGCGAUGUGGCCUGCAGCGAAGUGGACAACAUCUUUUCCUUGCACUCGUCGCACUCCUUCAGCAGUCCGUCGGGACUCCUUCCGGGAUCGAGGUAUGGUUUGGACGAGGAAUGCCGUCAGCAAUUGCACGCGGCAUUUGGGAAUAUUCGCGGCGGAAGCCAGUUACACUCGCCAAAUAGUGCGCUCUCACCUACGUCGAAUUCGACAUUCGGCGGCCGUCCGAACUUCCCUCCAGCUGAGAUUCUCGAUAUGGCGCUCGACUUGUACUUUCGCAAUUUCCAUCCGCUCGUUCCUUUCGUGCAUGUUCCGACCUUUUCCGCGAAAAAUACGCGUCUUCCAGUGUUAUAUGUUAUGUGUCUUAUCGGGAUGAUUAUGCUGGGGACAAAAGGCACGACGACUUUUGUGUCCAAGAACUUUUCCUUCGUCCUAGAGAAAAUCACAACAGAGCUAACAAAGUGCUCUGUGGGUGUUGAGAGCACCAUGGGCACGAUGAACACAUUCGCGGCCGCAUUUCUCUUUCUCAACCUAGCGGCAAUGACCGGGGAGAAGGAACAUCUCGAAAAGUCACAGAUGCUUUACGUGAACCUCAUGUCGAUCGCCCAACGGCACGGCCUGUUUGCCGCCACGGAGGGUCAAAUCCUCGAUAUAACGCUCUUUGAGGCUGUUCCUGAUAUUGAUAUCCGUUGGAAGACGUGGAGCAAAGUCGAGUCAGUCAAACGACUGAUCACUGGGCUCCUCUUGUUGGACUCGUGGUAUUCGUCCUUCCUAUCCACAAGCCCCAUCAUCGUCCCUGACUCGAUCCAACUCAUUCUCCCAUGCAACGAAAGUCUCUUCAAAGCCAACGGUUCCAUGCGAUGGACGCAGAUGGUCCGCACCGGCAAGCGCCUCCUCAUGCCCACCGUCAUGGCACCGUCAGAAAACGUAACCAUCCCUGCACUCGACAACCCCGUCGACGACUUUUGCAUCCACGGCGUGCUAGCAAUGGUCCAACUCCGCCUCUCAGAAGCAUACCACCGCCUCCUCUCAAACAGGGCAAGCUACCCGUUUGCCCCCUGUCACACCUACGCCAUGGACGGCCGCGCCCGAUGCCUCCCCUCCCUCCAAUUGCAAAUCGCCGACAAAUACGGCGAGGUGCUGGAGCGCCUGAACCCCAACGCCGCAAUCAUGUGGCACAACAUCUGCAUGACGCUCACAGCCGACACGCAAAUAUUCGACCUCGCCGCCGGCCGCGCGGGAGCCGGCCCCGCCCGAAAGGCCCUCGACGACAUUGCGACCUGGUCGCAGACCCCUGCCGCGCGACGCGCCUGCCUCCACGCCGCACAUAUCUACAAGGCCAUGACAAACCGCAAGGCCUCCGACCACACCAUGUUCCACUCCGUCUUUUCUCUCUUCUCCGCGGCCCUCGUGCUCGGGUUGUACAUCUUCAUGGUGCCCAGUCCCAGCGAGCUCCAGGUCGGCGGGACAUCUAUCGAGCUUCUCGAUGAUAUCGACUGGGAGCGCGUCGGGACAGAAGGCUUCACGAGCUUCAUGGAGCCACGCGGGACGCAGUCGUUUACGCCGUCGGAUGACCCCGCUGUGAACUUUAUCCGGAAUGGAGGCACGGUGUAUUUCCGGGGCGUGCCCUUCCAGGGCGGGUAUCAGUCUGCGAGGAGGAUUCUGUUAGAUUAUGCGGGGCUACUCAAGGAUGCGGGGAAGUGGAGCGUGCGGAAGUUCUCGUAUGUGCUUCAUAUUAUGAGUGAUGUUCUUAUGGAGGUUGAGUGAGCGGCAGCUGGUCUGCAUCAACCUCUAUAGACUGGAACCCUGGCCAGAUGGCUCCUGGUCUCAAAACCGUCUGCUGGCCAGACGAAUAUCUUAUAAUAUGGACCUCGCGAUACUAACGGCCUCAUGUACGACUACUUAUACAUAUAUUCCAUGAUACCAAAAAUGAUAUGCCUUUUCCUCGCAAUGACGAACGAUCAGAACAGUGGAGAACUAAACAAGACUCCGCUCCUUCACACGCGUAAACAGCGUAUCCAGUUCUUCCGCCGAAGCAUCCACCCCAGGAACAUCCACGUUGCCCUCCACAUUAUUAACCAGAUCCUCGCUCCCAUGUGGAUCGCCCCAGAGCACGACACGCGGACAGCCGUGGUAGCCCUCCCCAUACCAUAGCGCUUCGCCGUGUCUAUGGUUAUGUCCGUGGCCAUGCAGAUCAUCUCCAUCCUCAUCUAUCUCCCCCUCACUCGCAGAGCCACUACUGCUCUCCCCUUCACUAAAAACCCUAACCUCUUCCUUACCACGCACAUCCCCAUCCGCAGAGCAAUCUCCGCCGCAAACCUCAACCCUAUCCCCCGUCGUUUCACAAUACCUCCCCAAACAAAUCCCAUUACAUUUCGCACCGGGAACAUGCAACACAUCCCUCAGCACAAGCGUAUUCAUUCGAUCCUCAUCGGGGCUCGGCCCCCGACGAACCUUCAACUCGACGGUGCCUACGCCCAACACUCGCCUCCCCGCGAUCUUCGUCGGUGCGCGCUGGUACGUGCAGAAGGAGGAGCGGUUCUUCGCCCAGUGCAUUGUUCCUGACGGGGUUAGGAGCCAGGUGAAGCAUCUUUUGGUGUUGCUUUCGCUUGGGGCGCUGUUUCUUUUUGAGGCCGGAUGGGGUGUGGGAGGGUUGGUGGUGGUACGAGAGCGAGGGCGCGGGUGACUUCGUUUGGUCGGGUUGGAGGGUUUUGGGGAGGGCUUUGGCGCUGGAUUCAGGUUGUCGUGGUCAUGGUGGGUGUAGUAGGGGUGGUGGUUGUGGUGGUAUCGGUUGUGGU